CUUGCUGUUCUCUAGCACUGAUAGUGCAUGGCGGCUUAUCCUAACUCUGUCCUGAAGUGAGGUGGGAAAUCGGUCCGGUAAUUCAGCAUCAGUAAGACGAGGUAAGGUCUGCAGGCAAUAAGGAAGCCACCAUGAAUGGGCAGCUGGACUUAAGUGGGAAGCUGAUCAUCAAAGCUCAGCUUGGGGAAGACAUUAGGAGAAUUCCUAUUCAUAAUGAAGAUAUCACCUAUGAUGAGUUGGUGCUAAUGAUGCAAAGAGUUUUUAGGGGAAAACUUCUGAGCAACGAUGAAGUCACAAUAAAAUAUAAAGAUGAAGAUGGAGAUCUUAUAACAAUUUUUGAUAGCUCAGAUCUUUCCUUUGCAAUUCAAUGCAGUAGGAUACUUAAGCUGACAUUGUUUGUGAAUGGACAACCAAGACCCCUAGAAUCUAAUCAGGUGAAAUACCUGCGUCGAGAGCUGAUAGAACUUCGCAAUAAAGUCAAUCGUUUACUGGACUGUUUAGAACCACCAGCUGACCCAGGGCUUUCCACUAAUCUGCCUGAAAGUGAUGCUGUAGAUGGUAGGGAAGAAAAGCCUGCUGCUGCUGACUCUAAUGUUAAGCCAUCUACUCAAGUUAUAGCAGCAAGCAUGUCUGCAUUUGAUCCACUAAAGAACCAGGAUGAAAUCAGCAAGAAUGUCAUGUCAGCGUUUGGCUUGACAGAUGAUCAGGUGUCAGGACCACCCAGUGCCCCUGCAGAAGAGCGAUCGGGAACACCAGACAGCAUUGCUUCCUCCUCUUCUGCAGCCCACCCCCCUGGUGUUCAGGCACAGCAGGCACCGUACCCUGGAACACAGCCACAGACUGCUCAGGUGGAAGGUCAGAUGUAUCAACAGUACCCACAGCCUGGUUACCCCGCGCAGCAGCCGCCGGCGCAGCCCCAGCAGCAGUACGGAAUGCAGUACCCAGCAGGCUACAGCCAGCAGCAAACCCCCUCGCAGCAAGCCCAGCAGUUCCCGGCCUACAGCCAGCCUGCAGCUCCAGCCCCGGCCGCCGCCGCCUUCCCAGGGCAGCCGCAGCAGCUGCCAGCACAGCAGCCCCCGCAGUACCCGGGGGGCAGUUACCCCCCGCAGCCCUACACCACCCAGGCCUCCCAGCCUGCUGCCUACAGCGGCCCCCCGGCCUCCCAGCCGGCCCCUGGCACCUACCAGCCCCGGCAGGGCUUCACCCCUCCACCCGGCAGCACCAUGACCCCCCCACCCAGCGGGCCCAACCCCUACGCCCGCAACCGGCCGCCCUUCGGCACCCAGGGCUACACCCAGCCUGGACCUGGCUACCGGUAA